AUGAGACCAUCUUUUGGAAAAAAAGUUAAAUAAGAUGAUUCUGAUAAUAAAUUUAAAGAGAAAAUCUAUCGCUCUAUGUAUCCAUCCCCUUGUUCUUCAUAGUAAAAAAUUUAUAUUUUGAAAUUAUUAGCGAUCCAAAUAAAUGGCUACAAAAUAAUGAUAUUUCAUGGUUGUCUCAUUCAUUAGAAUAGGAUAUAGAUAAAAUUCUAUAGAUAGCUGUUCCAUAACCACUUAAACUAUAAAAUAAUAGAAGAGCUAGUGCAAAUGAUAUUAGAGAAGAUAUUGAUAAUAAAGUAGGAAAAUAAAAGAGAAAUACUUGGUAUGUUGAAAAAUAACAUGAAGAUUAACCUAAAAACAGUAAACUCAAAAUAAAUAUGAGUUCUAUUAUUUGUGAAUUUCCAAUUUAAAAAGUUACAAGGUAAUCAAUAUCUGAUUAACCUAAAACACCAAAUUGUUAAAAGUCUUUUAUGGAAGCUAUAAUUUCAAGAUAUUAAUAAAGAAAUGAAUAAGAUGAUUAAUUUGAAAAAGAGAAACAAUAUUUAUUUUAAAGUAAUAAAAAGGAAUAAAUUAAUGAUCCUGAUAUCUAUUAGAAUGGUGAUGAUAUUUUAAAUUAAGAAUAAUAAAAUAUAUCUACUAAUGAGAUUAAUCCUACUAAACAAACUUAAUUAAAACAAAAAAAACCAAAGAAGGUUGGUAGAAAAAAAAAAUCAUAUAUGAAAAUACCUAAAAGAAAAUCAAGAUAAACAAAAUAAUAAGAAAGAAUAUAACCAUAAUAUUAAUCAAGUUAAACUGAAUUAUAUUAAGAAAAAACUAAAUAUAUUAGACCAUCAUAAACAUUAGAUCAACCUAUAUUCAAUACAAAAUAAUGUUGGGCUAGAAUGUAAUUUCGCAAGGAAGCAAAAAAAUACGAGAAAUAUUAAACUUAAGAAUUUUAAGAUUUAUUAUAUUCUUUACCAGGAUGCUAUAUUCAUAAAUGUGAAGGAGAUUUAAGAAUAGAUAAAAUUAGACCUAUGUAAAAUGUUAAAGGAAAAUAUUUUUAAUCUUUUGAAAUGUGGAUAAAUCCAUUAGUAUUAAUUGGUCCAAUUAAAAUGAAUAAUUAAGUUAAAUUAGUAAAUAUAAUAUAAUUUAUAUUAGCAUAUAAGAUUUAAAAAAGGAUAUUCAGGAUAAGUAUUUUGUGAUAGUACAUUAUAGGAAACUCUUCCUAUAAAUUAAAUUGAUGGAAAAACAUUCCAUAAAUAAUAAUUAAUUCUUGCUAAUAAUUCUGAUCAUGUUGUUAAAUUGGUCUGUUGUUUAGUUAAUAUAUCAAUUAAAAUACCAAUAAGAAGACGUAAAUGA